CAACCACCUCAGCAAUCAGUGCCACCGCAACCACAACCGCCAGUGCCGCCACAGCCUCCGCAACAGCAACAGCAACAGCAUCAAGUACAGCAGCAGCAGCAGCAGCAGCAGCAGCAGCAGUCACAACCUUUGCAGCAGCAACCGCAGUCCGGACAUCACAGAACUUCGUCGGCACCACCUGCUCCGCAACCUCAGCAACAAACUGUGAUGCAGUCGAUGCAAGUCACUGGUGGUAUGGGAACUAGUGCGGGACAAAUGUCGACCGGAGGUGCACCUCCGGUACCACCUCCUCAGCCUCCUAUGGCGACAGCAGCUCCACCGUGUCCACCAACUAUGAUAAACUUUAAUGCACCGAUACCACCGCCACCUAUGAUGUUGAACCAGUACGCGCAAUCCCCGUCAGCUCAGUCGAAUCUAGCUAAUCAGUCUCAAGUACAGUCGAUUUAUGGUAGCAGUCAAGGAAAUCAGUAUGGAGCCACGUCAAACAGUAAUCAGUAUGCGACUACCACCGUUGUUGGACAAAAUCCGUGUCAGUAUUCCUCCGGAAAUCAGAAUAAUUUCUACGGUAACAAUGGGCAAGUUAGUAACGCGUAUCCUAGUGGGCAACCAGGACAAGCGAAUCAGUAUGGCGGCGGUGGUGGUAAUAGUACUGCUGGUAGUACUGGUGGAAGUCAAUAUGGAAGUAGUAAUUCGAUCGGGCAGUACGCCAGUAGUGGAGCUGCGACGACUGCCCAGUAUGGAGUAGGUGUCGGAGUCAGCGUCGGUGUCGGCCAACCAAAUCAGUCACAAUACAGUGUCGUGUCCCAGGCACAGGCACAAUAUGGCAACAGCCAAAUACAAGCAGUUGCGAGCGCUACGAAUCCUUACGGAACACCAUCAAACGCGGUGAAUCAGUAUAACAGCACUGGUGGCGGCGGUGGUGGCGGCGGCGGCGGCGGCGGCGGCGGUGGUGGCGGUGGUAGCGGUGGUACUUGCGGGAGUGGUGCUGUCAGUGUUAGUAGCGGCCCUGGCACUGGACAUCACGUUCCACCAGUUAAUCCUAAUAUUUACGCUCCCAUUGGCAAUGCCGCUACUCAACCACCUCCUAUGGUACCGCUGACCGGACCUGCCGCUCCACCACCACCUCCUCCGCCACCUGCUCCAAAAGUCAAC